AAUAACAAAAAGCAUAAAAAAAAAAAUAAUAUCUAGCUAACAUCAAACAAAUUAUUAAGUUUAAAAAGAAUAAAUAUCAAUAGAACUAUUCUUAAGAAAAUUUUGGAAAUGAAUUUUUUUGGAUUUAAUUCUAAUUCAAGCUAGAGAUAAAGUAGCAAUUAAAAUAGUAAUAGCAAUAAUAAUGGCUAAUCUUCUUUUUUUAAUGAUGCUUUCAAUGUCUUUUUCUAAUCUCCAUUUUUCAAUCCAUACUAAUAGUAGUCAUAAUAAUAAUAGCAGCAAUAAUAACAGUAAUAGCGCACUUCAGGCAACUAAAAUAAUUUUUAAUAGCAAAAUCCACCUAGAUAAAGCAGUCAAUAAUACUAGCAUAAUUAAAAUAGGCCAUCAUAUCCUAGAUUCGGUAGCUAAAGUUAAUAAAAUAAUUAAUAAUAGUCUUAUUAGCAAUAAUCAUAAUAGAACUAUUCUAGUAGCUAAUAGAAUAAUCGCAGUUCUUAAUAGUAAAGAUAGCAAGAGCCUCGUCCUACUUUUUAGAAUACAAGAAGCAAUUGGAAGAAAGCAGAGGAGCCAAAAAAGGAAAAGAAGAAAGAAGUUUAAAAAGAAAAUACUAGCGAUUAUUGGAAAUAAAAAGGAAAUGAAAUGUUUAAAUAGAGAUAUUAUGAUACUGCCUUAGAAUAUUAUACAAGAGCAAUAAAUAUAGAUUCUUCUUAGUCAAUAUAUUAUUCAAAUAGAGGUCGCUGCUAUAAAAUUAAGGGUGAUUUAAAGAAGGCUUUUGAUGAUGCAGUAUAAGCAAUAGAGUUAGAUGAAAAUAAUUUAAAAGGCUAAUUGUUAUGUGGUUAGGUCCUUUGUGAAAUGGGAAAAUAUGAAGAAGGUAUCCAUAAAAUCGAAAAUGGUAUCAAGAGAUUAACAAAAGGCUUGACACUUUGUAGCUCAUAAGCUGGAUAAAAAAAGAAAGUAUUUGAAAAGGAAAUUAGUGUUUAUAUUUUUCGUGCUAAAAAGCUAAAGUGGUAUAAGUAAUACUAAGAAUAAAAGCAAAAAAAAAUCAGAUUAAUAGAAAAUUAUAAAGUUUAUCUUGAAUAGUAAAGCUAGCUAAGUGAUUUGCAAAGAUAGGAGUAAAUGGACGAUUUUAUUUUUACUGUUGGAGAUCCCUAUAGAGAAGAUGAGUUUAUUAUUCCUGACCAUCUUUGUUGCAAGAUUACAUUAGAUUUAAUUGAGGAUCCUGUUACUACUGAAGCUGGCCACACAUAUGAAAAAGUGGUUAUCGAAGAUCACUUCAAAAAGAAUGGAUAUAUAGAUCCAUUCACUAGAGCUAGUAUUAGACCUAAUCUUUAUCCUAACCAUGCUAUAAAAUAAGGUGUAGAAGAGUUUUUGCAAGCCAAUCCUUGGGCCUUUGAAUAUUCUUACAAUGACGACUAUAAGAAAAUAGAAUUUUGA